GGACACCCAGUCCUCGGCCCUCCCAGCGCCCCCCCUCCGCCCCCCGCCUCCGCAGCCCUCUUUCGCACGGGCUUGGGCUCUAGCCCGUGACCUGCGCAGACGCCCCUCCCUCAGGAUCUAAAAUGUCCACUGAGGCACAAAGAGUUGAUGACAGUCCAAGCACUAGUGGAGGAAGUUCUGAUGGAGACCAGCGUGAAAGUGUUCAGCAAGAACCAGAAAGAGAGCAAGUUCAGCCCAAGAAAAAGGAGGGAAAAAUAUCCAGCAAAACAGCUGCUAAAUUGUCAACUAGUGCUAAAAGAAUUCAGAAGGAACUCGCAGAGAUUACGUUGGACCCUCCUCCCAACUGUAGUGCUUUAUAGAAGUGUGAUGUUAUCUUCCCGAAGAAUCCAUAGUGUUCUGUUGAAUUGGGCCCCUUACCUUACUGCCCAAAGGAACCCCAGCCCCGUAAUGGGGAAGGUCCCACCAGUGCGAAGGCCCCACAUGGGGACCCCUCCCCUAGUGAGGAAAUGUACCCCUGAAGAGGAGUCCUCCUGGCCACCUGGCCCACUGCUACCCUACCACGUUACUUUCCGGACAAGAAUCUAUCACUGUAAUAUUAACAGCCAGGGCGUCAUCUGUCUGGACAUCCUAAAGGACAACUGGAGUCCAGCCCUAACCAUUUCUAAAGUUCUCCUCUCCAUCUGCUCACUUCUUACCGAUUGCAACCCUGGAAGGAUUAUCUCGCGGGUGGCAAAAUGUCCAACAGUCACCAGCCAGUUGACGGGUGCACCGGUGAUAAUCAUUCUGUUCCCAGUGCAACGGUCUAGCUGACCCUCUGGUGGGCAGCAUCGCCACACAGUACAUGACCAACAGAGCAGAGCACGACCGGAUGGCCAGACAGUGGACCAAGCGGUAUGCCACAUAGGGGCCUGCUGGCUGCUGCCCCCGCCGGACCUGUGCAAGCACAUUCACCAAGUGCAUCAAUAGCCCUACCCACCCCUCCGGACCUCGGUUCUGAUCUUCUUAUUUUUAUUACAUUUUGAACCUUUUUCUGAUGGUGUGUCAUCCAUCCCCCGUCCCUUGUCCCUUCCUCCUCUUCCUCCUCUUCCUCCUCUUCCUCCUCUUCCUCCUCUUCCUCCUCUUCCUCCUCUUCCCCCUCUUCCCUCUCUCUUCCCUCCACCCCUGCCUUCUCAAUUUAUUCCCUUUUUUUGAUUUCUAUUAACUUGAAAGAUUUGGGGUUUUUUUUUCCCACCUCAACAUGGAUGGGAACUUUUGUUUUCAGUGCAAACAAUGUCGGAUCUGUAAUAGUAAGAGCUUUCUUACAAAGCUUCGUAUUACUGUGUGGUUUUGUUUUUUGUUGGUGUUUGUUUUAUUUUGGUUUUUUUUCCUUUUAUGUGAUCUUUGGGAAAACACGAAUCCAGAAUUAUAUCUCAUUUCUACUUAAAUGUAGUGCUUAGGAUUAAUUUUUUGUACUGAAGUCUUUAUUGGUGGGUGCAUGCUACUGGGAACAAGUUUUUUGUACAAAAGCUUCAAUCAGAAUCACUGUGCAUUACUGAGACUCUGUUUAUCACUAGCCUUCUGUCUCCCACACAGAAGACUGUUGGAUUGAACAAAAUAAUAUGUAUUUUGAUUUACUUAAAGUGCUUGUAAAUUUCUUAGGGACCUGCCACUUUUGACUGUGGAUCAGUUGAUGUACACUUGUAUUAUUAAAGCACUCAAUAAAUCACUGUGGCUGAUAAAUGCA